AUUGACACUCCCUCCAGCUACAAAUGUGCCACUCCGUUUGAUGUGCAGCUGGGAAAGAAUUUACCACUGGCUGUAAACUUGGAUUCCCGGGGAGGAGAAGGCGACGUGAAGAGCUUAAAAGUAGAACGCCAAUGUCAAGGGGGUGUGAGAUCCUUACUCAACAACAUCCCCUGUAAGUAGAGAUCCAUGAAGAUCUGAAGAUCUCAAACAUCUCAAAAUACUUCUCUGCUGCUGAAGGAGAGCAGUUUCACCGGGAAGGAACAAGAAAAAAAACAAAACACAAGGAGAAGUAAAGACCUCCAGUGAUAGAAAGAGAAAAAUAAAACCCAUCAUCGGUCUACCCAGGGUUUAGAAAACCAGCCAAGUGAAAACAGUUGCUGAGAAGGAGGAGAAGUCAGCAGCUGUUCAAAGAGAAAGGAAGAAGGGGGGGAAAUGAAAAGACAUGUUUUUGCCUUAGCUGCCUGCAGACGAAGAGGAGAGAACAUUCGCUUCCUUUCCAUAGCUCCAGAAGACCCCCUGAAGGGCCAUUCCUUGGAGUCAAUGGCUUGUUCGUGACUAAACAAAAGAUUUUAGGAUUCCUUUUUUUUAAUAAAAUUUAAAAAAAAACACCUCUCCUCCUCUUGGGCCCCUUGCGUAAAAGGAGCCAAUCAACCUGCCAAAAUGAUGACCUCUCGGAACAAGGGCCUGAAAGUGUUCACCCUCGCCUUACUGUUCAUCAUCACCAUCACGUCAUUCCUGCUCAACUACACCAACAACGUGGUGUCUACCUCUUGGGAUCCCAAGCAAAUGGCUUACCAGUUUUCGGAACAGGUGAAAAAACUGCUGAAAUAUGCCAGGCAGCCCUGCAGUUGUGACACCUGCAUUUUGGAAGAGGGCUCAGCCUGGUUCGAAGAGAGGUUCAACAUCACUAUGCAACCCUUCUUAACCAAUCAAAAUGCCUUCCUGCCCCAGGAGACCUACAGGUGGUGGCUGAAACUCCAGGGAGAGAGAAGUCCCAAGACCAUGAAUGAGACUGUCCAGGACCUCUUUAGACUCAUUCCAGGAAACUGGGAUCACUUGUUGGGCAGGAACAGCUCACGGUGUCGGAGGUGUGCUGUUAUAGGAAAUUCAGGGAAUCUUCGGCAAUCACAGUACGGCCAAGAGAUUGAUGCUCAUGACCUUGUGUUUAGAAUGAACAAAGCCCCAACAAAGGGCUUCGAGUCAGACGUCGGCAACAAAACAACUCAUCAUUUUGUCUACCCGGAAAGCUAUCAAGAACUACGGGAGACGGUCAGCAUGAUUCUCAUCCCCUUCAAAAUCUUAGACCUGCGUUGGAUCAUCAGCGCCCUCACAGAUGGCACCAUCAGUCACACGUAUAUCCCUGUUCCUCGUAAGAUCAAAGUCAACAAAGACAAGAUCAUGGUUUAUCAUCCUAGUUUUAUGAAAUAUGUUUAUGACAACUGGCUCCAACAACACGGGAGGUAUCCCUCAACUGGCUUCCUGUCAAUUAUCUUUGCCCUUCACCUCUGUGAUGAGGUGGAUCUCUACGGCUUUGGGGCAGACAGUAAAGGCAACUGGCACCACUAUUGGGAGAACAAUCCUUCUGCAGGCGCCUUCCGUCAAACCGGCGUCCACGAUGGAGACUUUGAGGCCAACGUGACACAAACCCUCGCCUCCGCAGCCAAAGUACGGUUCUUCAAGGGCAGAUGACCCCGGCGGUCAGACAAGCGCUGAUCUCUGACAAGAAGAAAAGGCAGAUGUUUUAAAAUAAAUGGAGUCUUGGAGGGGGCAGUCUGUCAAGUCUCAGCCGAGAAAGCUUCGAAGAACUGCAAGCUGCAAUUAGCUUUGAAAGGCCCCUCAAAUAACGGUUUCGAAGUUUUGACAGCGUAGGGAAAAAAUGCCCAAUUUGGAAAGGAAUGUCCUGUUCGAGACGUUCCUAUUGUAACUAAUGUUUUAAUUCCUUUUCCGUUGUCAGAAUGACUGGGCCUUCAGCCCUACAAAAAAAAAAAAAAAAAGGAGGGGUGGGCAAACACCGUCUUGGUUUCAAAAUUACCUCAGAAGAGCUUUGUUCCAAUCAUGGUCUUUUCUCUGAAGGAUCCCGGCAAGGCCAAAAACAACCCUAACCAGUUCUUGUUCAGUGGUAUGAACAAGAUGGUGGUGGCCUGGGAGCUAAAAGGGUUUUGCUUUGUGUCAUUUGGUGUUUUGGGCUAUUGAAAUGAAAUGUUCCAGGUAAUAUUACCAUUGCUAUUUCAUGUGGCUACAAGCCCAGGAGCGGAGGAGCAGGGCUCAAAGGGAAAUAAUGCAGGAUGGGCAGGUUAAAUGCUUUUAUUUACUUUAUAUAUACAUAUAAAGCAGAGAAAGGAAUUAACGUUGCACACAAACGCAUACACACAAGGACACGCUCCAAUGCAGUGCAAGAGCUGGGUUCCAUAAAUUUAGACAACCCUUACAGGUCAUCCAAGGUGAUUUUUAAAUUUCUGCAUCGUUGGGAGUUUUGCAGCCCAGAACUUUGGCUUCACACACACACACACACACACACACACACACACACACACACACUCAGACACAUAGACACACACACCUGUCAUUGACAUGUGCCUUUCUAAAACGCAUAAUAUAAAGGGGGUGUAUUUGUCUGUUCCGUUCCCUCAGAGACUAAAAUCUCAGAAUUCUACUUGUUCUAUGAAAAUAAGGGACACAAAAUUUAAAAAGUGCUCAUCCCUUUAUGGGUGGCUUUUGGGGGAGGGCAGAAGAAGGACAGGGAAAGGAACCUUUUUUAAAAAUCUUAUUUUCAAGAACAUUUAGGAGGGAAACAAAUGAAAUAUUUUUACUUCUAUUUUUUACAGUUGUUGUAAAUUUAAAUAUAUAUUUUAAAGUAUCGAGAGUUUUUAAAAGGGUGGGGGGUAGGGUUGUCCCAUCAGCAUGAGAACAACAAGCCAUGGGUCUGAGAAGAUGCAGUUUAUCAGUCUGUUCCAUCCAAAUCCCAGGAGGUCCAUUUUGAGAGAGGAAUUAUUGCAAGAACACCCACUAAAAUCAAUCAGAGCUCAGCUGACAUAUAUAGGAAUCUAACCGUCAUAAAAGCCCAAAUAACAAGGAGAUUUCAUCUACAGUCCACAGUUGCAAAAAUUACAGAACACCUGGAGGAGGACUUCAGUGUGGAGCUCAACCUAAGUAGAUGAAGCCAACCAGCUGUUUGGACAGCCAAACACAGAAGCCAAUUGGAGAGGCACUGAAGAGGUAGCAGCCUUGUGAAAAUGGAGGUGGAUGGAUUGCUAUUACCUCAUUUAACUAGACAUCCAAAAACCCUCCUCUCUCACCUGUAGGACACAAAGAACUUCUUAGAUGCUAUUUUGCAUGCCUUUUCAUUGUGCAUUGAUCAAUCUUUCCACAUCAUGGAUGGAAUCCUACUGAGAAGUUGGUUUGCAACACAGUUGGGUUUGGAAUGUUAGUCACGUUGGUCUAACACUUCUGGAAGGAGUACCAGAUUGAGGUAGGCAGGUCUAGAACAUGGAACCACUUCUUUUUAUAAAACAGAAAAAUAAAAUUGGGGUUGCAAUGUAAACUUGCCCUUCCCCUCCGAGAGUUUCUUCACUGGGUGCUAGUCUACUUUCUGGUUUGUAGGUCAUAUAUUAUGUUGUCUUCUUCAAAAGAAAACCAGCCAAUUUCAAAUAAGCUACAGUAUAUUUUUAAGUAGAUGGUCCCGAGUACCAUAAAUUAAAGCCUUCAUACAUAUUGUAGCGCAGGUUUAAAUCAUGUUCAAGGACACUAGUCCUCCUGAGACUGUAUGGCUUCUGGAAUGAGAAUGAGCUGCUUUUUCUAGACUUUUCUAGAGUCUGCAGGUUUUUUUUUCUCCUUUUAACGGCAGCUUAUUUAUGUACAGGAAAGGGUGCUUCCAUGAAGACAUGUGCCUCUUGAAUUCUGCUGAUCAAACUUUGAUUAAGGAUUAGAGCAGGCCAGGUAAAUUCAUCUUGCUCAGUUGGCAUCCUUAAACCAUGAUUGUGUACCCCAAAUCCUGUCUGCAGGGGUUUGUUCGGGGUUUCUUUUAUGCUGUAUUUUUAAAACUACCAAACGGGAAUAAAAGAAUUGAGCUAAAUGUUGUCAACAGCUUAAACAUACGAGAGUGUUGAAGGACGUCUCCACUGUUUCCAAUGGCAGGAUUUGAGCUGUACCAAAGGUUUAUAAAUCUAUUUUAUUUAUCAUCUGGGAUGACAGGAAGAGAACAAAUGUGAUAGGCAAUUGGGAGAAUUUAUUCUGAAGAAUAGGAAAUGGUUUGCAGCAAACAAUUCUUGAUUGCAAGGUGUUGUGCUCCCAAAUCGUAUGUGUGUUUGAAGCAGUCUCGGAGGGAUCGAGGACAACUCGCCACAGCAAACUCACCGUGCGACAAGAGUUACACUGAUACCAAAGAAAUGGUGGAAUAGAAUCAUUAAAGAAAGAAUACAAAUGUCAGCGUUCCAGCAACCCUCCACUCCGCCCAAUAAGUCCGAGACAGAUAUUUUCUCAAAGGUUCCCUUUCAUUUGGAUAGUAACUAGCACAACUGGGGAAUCCCAAAUCUUACAAUAAGUA